CGACCGUCCACUCCUUCAUCCUUUUUGUUCGCUUUACUGCGGUAGCUUUUCUUCGGUCCUGGGUGCAGAUUCCAGUUUUCAGUAUUUGCUCUAUUAAUUCAAUUAUUCAAUUGCCUGUUUUUGCCUGCCGCAGACCGCUCAGGGCGAAGGGACGGCACGAUCUCGACUUACACGGCCGUUGCCGAGGCAUCCGACCAACAUGUUGGUGGCACCCAACCUCGUCGCCCUGCCGGCCGUAGGGCUACUGCUGUUGGGAAUGGGAACGGUGUCAGCAACCCCCAGGUCCGCCGGCCUCGUCGCCCGGCAAGGCGCGAACCCGACCGACCCCUGGGUCACCGUCGACGAGGAAGGCAUCCCGAAGACCGUCACCCCCGUCCUGACCACCAUCAGCGGCACUCCGACCCUGCUCUCCGCGCCGCCGCCCGACCUGACCGCCACCCUGUUCACCAAGCACCCGAACAGCAUCCUAACCACAAGCACCGGCCCCGCCGAACCAGUCCCCACCAACGACAACGGCACUGCUGCCUUCCCGCCCUGCAGCAACACCGACGGCGAGUUCAAGCCGUUCUGCCGACCCAAGCACAACGACGUCUACCACCCUGAUACAACACACUACAUAACCUGGGACACGUCCAUCUUCAGCGCCCCGAACAGCACAACCGUCAAGAUCAUCGGCUUCUACGUCUUCAACGACACCGUGAUCCCCACCACCGGCCCGCCGUCAGGCGAGGAAGAGGCCUUCAGCUCCGACGACCUGCCCGCGGGGUGGGGGUUCUACCAGUGGCGCGUGGAGCGCUCGCUGCUGACGACCCCCUCCCUCUCAGCCGCGAACGUGACGCUGCGGAUGGUCGCGCUGUCGCACAGCGGCGACGGCAGCAGCGGCGACGGCAGCUCCUCCUCCUCGGCGGGGACGGCGCGCUGGUUCGCGGGGCCGACGGUGACGGUGCGGUACCGGCCGGCGCCGCCGCCGCGGCCGGCGCGCAAGGCCAAGACGCCGGCCGACACGGCGGCGCUGUACGUCGCGCUGCCGCUGGUCUUCGGCUUCGCCGCGCUCGUCAUCGCCGGCACCUUCUUCUGGAACCGGCAGGCGCGCGGCGCGCUCGGCGCCGGCGGCAGCAUCAUGGGCCGCGGUGGGGCGCGCGGGCGGCGGCUUGGUGGUGGUGGUGGCGGGAGGAGGAAAGCCGCUGCUGCCGGACUCCGGGUCGGGGUCGGCCCGAGCAAGAAGGACCGGGCGCGGAACCAGGAGCAGGCGAUUCGGCUGAUGGAUAGGGACGGGGCGGGCUCGGAUGCGGAAGAGGAGGCUUGGGAGGAAGGGUGGGCGCGUGGGAGUGGGGAGGGGGCGGGAGAGGAAUCCUCGCGGAGAGGGAGACAGGGAGCUGGCAGGGCGGAUAGGAAGUGGGUAUAAAAAGGGGGGAAUAUACAAAAGUUAGAUCAGUCAUUGGAUACGGAAUCAACGAGAUAUCAUUC